UCAGACUGCAGCAGGACUCCGGAGCUCGUCCUCAGCUUGUUUCGGUGUCUGUCAGUGGGCUGAAAGUAGUUUGUGCCGUGGAGCUUUGGUCUCAGGUGAAGCCGGGGGGGAGGUGCAGCUGCCCCGGCUCUCUGCGGGAGGGGAUGAGCGCACGCAAUGGGAGCAGGAGAUCUGGGUAGCUGCUCUCUGACAAACCAAACUGCUGGAUCAGUGUCUGAUGGAAGCGCAGAGAGCGGAUCAGAGCUGUGGAGCUUUUCCUCUGGGAUAAAGUGGGAAUGUGCUUCCUGUGAGGAACAUCUGGAAUAUUAGGAGGUCAGUUUGCGGAGCAGAGGAGAACCAGGCUGUUUGGAUCACUGUGGGGAUGUACCUACUGGAGCAGAUGGAGAGGGGAACUCCUCAGAGGAAAACCGUUUAUAGGAUCUCCCUCACACUGGUGAAGAGGGAGAGUCUGGAUGAAUCUAAGGGGGAGGCUGAGGACCCCCAUCUAGGUGCAGUGAGGAGGGAGGACUCCAUGGAGCAGCAGAGGGGAGGUUUGUUGGAGCAGCUGAAGGAGGUGGAAGAGUCAGAGGACGGAGGAUCUCAUGGAUUCAUGAGGAGAUUCAGGACAUUUAGUACAGGUCAGCUAGAACUGGGCCGGCUCAGGGUGUCCCGGAGGUUGCAGAAGGAGGAUUCUGGAGGGAAGGAUCCUGGCAGAACUGAAACUGCUGCUGCCAAGGUGAAGAGGCUGCUCAAGGCCAAGAGCAUGGAAGAGAGGAGCCCCCACUCAGGACCUAAUAGGACCCCUUCCACCCCUUUGAAACCCAGCCUUUUGCAGCGCAGCUUCAGCUUCAGCUUUAGGAACAAGAUCAGCGGAGAGCUGCUGCGCCUGAGGGCCCUCUCCAGAGACAGACACCACAGCAGCUCUAGCUGUAUCGCACCACCCGCCGCUGAGCCCCCAACCCCCAGACCCCAACUUCCUAACAGGGAAAAGAGCCGCACCCUGGAGGUGGGGGCCGUUCUCAACAGGACCGACUCCCUGACGGAGCUGAGCCGCCGGGAGAGGGCCAGAGGCACCAAGAACCGGACCCUGGACAACAGCGACCUUCUGCGGCUCGCGGCUGAGGGAGAGGGGGCCGUAGGGGAGUCUCUGCUGCGGGGGGGCGGGGGCCGCUCCAGUGAAAGGCGCCUGGGUCGUAUCUUCAGCGGGAUCUUCUCCAGGAAGGAUGGAACAUCCAGUCCAGCCGGGAGCCCCAGCUUUGGGAGGUCCCUGCGGCGUAGCAGGAGGAUGACGGCGUCACAGUCCAGCACAGAGAGCAUGAACGGAGGCGGUGCUGACGAUGCCUUUGUGAACAGCCAAGAGUGGACUGUCAGCCGGAUGGUACCAGAACUGAAAGUGGGCAUUGUGGGUAAUUUGGCCAGCGGUAAGUCGGCGCUGGUCCACCGGUACCUGACAGGAACGUACGUCCAGGAAGAGUCUCCUGAAGCUGACGUGGACGCAGGAGGACGCUUCAAGAAGGAGAUCGUGGUGGACGGCCAGAGUCACCUGCUGCUCAUCAGAGACGAAGGAGGCCCCCCAGAGGCUCAGUUUGCUCUGUGGGUGGACGCGGUCAUCUUCGUCUUCAGUCUGGAGGACGAGAUCAGCUUCCAGACGGUAUAUCACUACUACAGCCGCCUGGCCUCCUUCAGGAACACCACCGACCUGCCGCUGGUCCUGGUUGGAACGCAAGACGCCAUCAGCUCCACCAACCCCCGGGUGAUCGACGACAGCCGUGCCAGGAAGCUUUCCAACGACCUCAAACGCUGCACCUACUAUGAAACCUGCGCCACCUACGGCCUCAACGUGGAGCGAGUCUUCCAGGACGUGGCCCAGAAGAUCGUGGCCAUCAGGAAGAAGCAGCAGCUCUCCAUCGGACCCUGCAAGUCGCUCCCGAACUCCCCGAGUCACUCGUCUGUCUGUGCAGCGCCGGUCUCAGCCGUCCACGUCAGCCAGCAGACGAGUAACGGCGGCGGCAGUCUGAGCGACUACUCUUCAUCGGUACCGUCCACGCCGAGCACGAGCCAGAAGGAGCUCCGCAUCGACGCCCAGCAAACCACCAACACCCCCACGCCCGUCAGGAAGCACUCCAAACGGCGCUCCAACCUCUUCACGUCGUGGAAGGCCAGCGAUCCGGACAAAGAGAAGAAAGGUGUGGAGAACCGAGCCGACAGCAUCGGCAGCGGGCGGGCCAUCCCCAUCAAACAGGGCAUGCUGAUGAAGAGGAGCGGUAAAUCCCUCAACAAGGAGUGGAAGAAGAAGUACGUGACGCUGUGUGAUAACGGACUGCUCACCUACCACCCCAGCCUCCAUGACUACAUGCAGAACGUCCACGGGAAGGAGAUCGACCUGCUCCGGACCACCGUGAAGGUGCCGGGGAAGAGGCCGCCUCGCGCCGUCUCCACCUGCGCCGGGCCGAGCCCCAACACCAACGGGCUGAUGAAGGAGAUGAGCAACAUGCAGCUGGGACAGACCUCAGGUUCAGUGUCCAGCAGCUCGUCUGUGUCUCAGAUGGCGAGCGGCGUCAGCCUGGUGUCCUUCAACAGCCGCGGCCUGGAGGGGAUGCACCAGCGCUCCUACUCCGUCUCCAGCGCCGACCAGUGGACCGACGCCACCGUCAUCGCCAACUCCGGAGUCAGCACAGCAGACACUGGUUUAGGCGACUCGGUCUGCUCCAGUCCCAGUAUCUCCAGCACCACCAGUCCAAAGAUGGAGCCGCCUCCAUCACCGCACGCCAACCGCAAAAAGCACCGGCGGAAGAAGAGCACCAGCAACUUCAAAGCGGACGGCCUCUCUGGUACUGCGGAAGAGCAAGAGGAGAACUUUGAGUUCACCAUCGUGUCGUUGACGGGUCAGACGUGGAAUUUCGAGGCCACGUCGUAUGAAGAACGGGACGCCUGGGUGCAGGUCAUCGAGAGCCAGAUCCUCGCCAGCCUGCAGUCCUGCGAGAGCAGCAAGAACAAGUCUCGGUUGACCAGCCAGUCCGAGGCGUUGGCUCUGCAGUCCAUCCGGAGUAUCCGAGGCAACGGUCGCUGUGCCGACUGCGAUGUACAGAACCCGGACUGGGCAAGUCUCAACCUCGGCGCCCUGAUCUGCAUCGAGUGCUCGGGCAUCCAUCGGAACCUGGGGACUCACCUGUCCAGGGUCCGCUCUCUGGACCUGGACGAGUGGCCGCUGGAGCUCAUCAAGGUGAUGUCGGCCAUCGGCAACGAGCUCGCCAACAGCGUGUGGGAAGCCAACGCCCAGGGACGCCUUAAACCCGGACCAGACGCCAGCAGGGAGGAGCGGGAGCGCUGGAUCCGGGCGAAGUACGAGCAGCGUCUGUUCCUGGCCUCGCUGCCCUGCACCGACCUCUCUCUGGGCCAGCAGCUGCUGAGAGCCACGGCCGAGGAGGAGCUCCGGGCCGUCGUCCUUCUGCUCGCCCACGGCUCCCGACAGCAGGUCAACGAGACCUACGGGGACGGAUGCACCACGCUGCACCUGGCCAGCCACAAGGGCAACGUAGUCAUCCUGCAGCUCCUGGUCUGGUACGGCGUGGACCUGAUGGCAAGGGACGCCCACGGAAACAGCGCCAUGGCGUACGCUCGGCAGUCCAGCAGCCAGGAGUGCGUGGACGUCCUGGCUCAGUACGGCUGCACCGACGAGCGCUACCCUCUCAUGGCCACGCCGAACCUGUCGCGGCGCAACACCAACCGCAACAACAGCUGCAGCAGCCUCGGCAGCGCCGCGCUCAUAUGACCCGAAACACUUCCUGGGUCACAAUGCCACAAACAAAUUCCCAGUUUGGGAGAAUUCUGUCCGUCCAGUUUGGGAACCACUACAUGUUGUGAUGCUAAGCCACGCCCUCAUUCGCCUCACCACCACUGCCACCAUUUUGGAUACAGAUCACUGGUUCUUGGUGACGCUGCUUCUAAUAGGAGAACCGUGGACUGGAAGGAAAAUCCCUAAGCAUGUUGGGAAAUGUGGUUCACAGUCAUUGAAGCUUCUUGGGAAAACAGAUCUUAUACCUCAUCGUACGAGCUCAGAAUUAACAUUACAAGGCCAGUUCAGCCAAUCAGAAUCCAUCUGACCUCCCAUCCAACCCAGUGAAAACAGCUAAAGGAGCAAACAUCUCCACCUUGAUCCCAGAACUCUGUGACCUCCCUGCCUUCACAGGUUUCAUGAACGUAUCUCCAUGGUGUUCAAAGUAGAAACUGAAUCAGGCUGGUUCUUAGCUCGUUCAGAUGCGAUAGAUCUUAGACACUUUGUUUUAUUUAAAGCGUUUUUCCACCGUUGUGUAUAUAAACCUUAAUGUGCAUUGCUGGACCAAUGGUUGAACAUGUCAUCAUGGGAAGAUUUGUGCUUUUUUGCAGAUGAUAUUCGGGUGUAUAAAGUCAUAAAAUGUAUAGAAGCUUUUUCAGGCUCAGGGACCGGAGACUCUCCAUCGUUACCAUCCAUCGUCUUUUUCCCAGCGAGUCUUUUUUCCUUUAACUUCAGUAUUUAUGAAUGAAGAACCUAACCAUAAUAUUGUCCAGGAUUCCUAAUGUUAUUCUAUUAUGUCAAAAUAACAUAAAGACAAAGGGAGCUACAAGGGAACUGGUUAUCUUCAGGCAAGCUGACCCCGUCCGUUCUGCUCAGCGGAUCUCCAAUAAGGGCUGUUUCUUCUUCUCUGCUCUAAAAACCUUCUGUAAAUACUCCACCUCUCUGUCCUCUGUUUCCUUUAAUGACUGUGUAAUGUAAAUGAGCAAAAACAGGAAGUACGUUCAGUAUGUGGGGCUGCACAGCAGAAGUGUGUGUAUAGUAUUGUUUGGUUUGGCUCACCGAUGGACUGACCCAUCGUGGGCUGGAAGGUAAACGUAGGUGUUUAAACCAGUGGUUCUGAACAUUUUUAUGGAAUCGGAGUGGAUUGUUGGGGACCAUUUUGAAUGGAGCUGAACGUUUUGAUUGGCCAAGUCAAUCAUGAGGUCAAAGGACAAUCCACAUGUACACAGGGUACAUGUGGAUUGUCCUUUGACCUCAUGAUGACUCCUUGGGUUCAGCCAAACCGAAGGUUUAGACGGUGCUAAAGUUCAGGUAACUAUGGUGUUUAAAAAUGCUGUUAGAUUCCGAAUGUUUUUGAAUUUCAGUCACAACUCAUGUCUAAUCUGGUAAAAAUGAAGUUAGGACAUUGUUUAAAUGUGAGUGGACCAAGUUAGCAGGACAUUAUGUCUACCAAAACUCCAAACGGCAAUAAAAUUUGACCUAAAACGGACAGAAAUGGCUUGGUUCAAUGUGACUGGUGGUACUUCAGAACAUCAGGACUAUCUCAGCUGGCCUUGGUCCAGUCUAAUGGUCAUAAAGCCGUUUGUUUUCUGCUUCUUCACAUGGGAUAGUUUGAAUAACACCCUUACCUUUAUUUCUGUAUCCGUGGCGACCUGGUGAUGUUGAACCACUGGUUUGUUCUCCUGUUAGGAGUGAUUUUUGAGUGUUGCCGGUUAUUUCCAGGUGUAGUGAAAUCCCUUUUCCUCCUACCCUGGUCAUGUAGAUUGUUUUUAGAUAUUGGACUUAAAAAGUGAAGAGAGUCUCAGGAAGAACGAUGUGACUUUGGUUUGGGCUGGACGCCGCCAUCUUUUCACUCUUAUCUAGAACUGUUAAGGUAGACGUUGCUGCAGCAGUUGAGUAGUUCUCAGCUGGAUUAUCUGAGCAAUAUUCAUGGCUCACUGUGUCGUCGUUGCUUCAUUCAAUCUGAUGUUAUUCUCAUAGAAACCUAGAAGCUGUAAAAUCAAACUCUCCUUUAGCUAAACAUCAGUUUUCUCCUCUUGCCUUCCUGAUUUUUCACACCUGCCUUUAUCCUCUCAGAUUUAUUUCAGUUCCAGCGCGUCCUUUCCCUACGUGCCAGUAUGCCGUUUAGUCAGCUCGACGGGCGUGAACAAUACUUUUAUUUCUGAGGUAAUUGUUUUAUUUUUCUAUUCCACAUGUCUCAGGACCAUUGGACCAGACACAAUGAUUUAUUUCUGACAGAAAUGCACUAAAUUUAAUAUAGUUUGUCUCUCUUUAUUACAACACGUUUCUGAUAUAACUUUAGUCUUUCUUUAUUUGAGGUUUAUUUGAACUCACAGCUAUAUUAACAGCUAGCAGAAACAAAAGCAUGGCACAACUUAGUUUAAAGGGAGACUUUCACUAAAUCUGUGCUUAAAAACCUGUUUAUAAUCUGAAUUUAUAUGUAAUGUAAAGAAACAAGCCCAGAAUGUUUAUUUAAGCUUAACGUAUAAUUAGAUGUUUUUUGUCAGUAAAAUCUGGAUUCAAUGAAAACCAGUUAGCCUCCAGUCAAAGAAGUUUGAUCAAUAUCAACAAACAGAAAAGUAAUUAUUUCUGCUCCUUGUUUCUAGUUUACGUAAUCUGACAAUUAUUCUGUUUUCUGCUGACAAAUAUUGUGACUUCACUUAAAAAAAUUGUGACAGGUACAAAUAUCGUAACAUAAGAAAACAGUUUAGCAGAAAAAAGAUUCUUUAGGUUUACAGGCAAAUAAAAGAAGGCUAACUUCUAUUUUACUGUUUUAAAAAGGGAAAAUGACCCUAACUCUUACAGCUGUGACCGUUAUCAGGUAACCAGACAUGGCCAACAGAAAAACUAACGAGUUAUUUCUCCUGUUAUUUUUAUUUUACUCCAUCAGUGGGCUCAAUUUAUCUCCGGCUAAAUAUAAAAACUUCUAAAUUGAAGAUUAAAACACCAUGUGAUAAUAUAGCUACUGAUUAGCUGGUUAGCUUGACAUUUCUAAUGGACAACAGCUGCCAGUUAGCUUACUUAAAUGAUCCUGCUGGUCUGUCAUUCAUAUUUACACAGUUCUGGAAAUCUAAACCUGUAUUAGACAUUUGGCAAACCUUACAGGAGCAGAAAAAACGCAUCAGGAUCUGAAUUGGAUUAUUUCCGUAAACUGCCGAGGCAAAUUGCUGGUUAGCUAGCAGUGAAAAACAUGGUUUAUUAACUCAACUGUCUAGUUUUAGCAGGUGAGAAAAUUAUUAAUAGUCCGAGUCCAUUAUGGAGUCAUUUUCCUUCUGACUAAAUUUAAAAAGUUUAAAAAACCUUUGAUUUAAAUUCCCAUAAAAAGAAGCAGCAAGCACUGGGUUAGCUGGACGUAGCUAGCUAGCUAGCAGACAAGAGCUAAAUGUCUUUUCUUCUAAAAACUGCUGAGUCAUUCUGCUUGGUUUCUGUUUACAGAGGUUAAAAGGUCAAUUUCCUAACACUUAGCAAGUGUUACAAUAUCAGAGAAAUUUGAAUUGUUAGUGUCAAAACUGCUGAGUCAUUUCUCCAGCUAGCUUCAACUGAACAAACAGCUUUCUUAACAGCCUUUUUUCCACUUGUAUCAAAAUAUAUUAUUUUAGACCAUAAAAUCGUUUUUUUCCUUAAUGUUAAAUAUGAAAAGUUUAAACACAGUUUGAGAAUAAUCCCAACAUAAAGCAGCAGCCACUAAUCUGGCAAAAUCAUUAAAAUUAAUGAUUUCUAUUGGUUUCUGGAUCAUGCUAAAUGUUUUUGACAAAGAAAAGUUAAAUAUUGAAUGUAAUAAUGGAGGAAGAAGUAAAAAUAUUUGACCUCUGUUUAAAAGCUAGCAGAUGAGAAUCUUGUUUCAGUUUUCACUAAACCUUGCUGACAUUUAGGCUAAAAAUUGUAAAAAUGCUUCAAUUAUUUGACUCCUGGAAUGCAUUCGCAGUGUGACGAGGUUACAACGUGUAGAUAAUUAAAAGUCUUCUCUGAAAAAUGAUAAACCUGUAAAGAUGUUUCCUCAUGUAGAUUUGAACAAUGCGAAGAAGUGUUGCCUCCCCCCCAACCACCCAGGAUGUCCGUUUUAUUUCUCAACGGAGAAAAACCCCAAACCUUUCUGUACAAUUUGUCCCAACCUCCAUCCCCGUUUUAUUCAUGCUUCCCUGUUUUAUCAUCCAGAUGCAUUAUUGUUAUUGUUGUCACUGUUAAUCUAAUUAAUAUUAUUAUUAUUAUUGUUAAAUUUUGUUGUACAGUACCAAUGUUGAGAAAUUCUACCUAAUGCAGAAUCUUCUACUGUAAUUUGUCUCUUUUCAAUAAAGACAAGAAAAAUGCUUCUUAAUAUAAACGCGA